UUUAGAGCAGAUGACUGCACCUGCUCCUGUCAUUCCACACACACACACACACCAACAUACACACACAGCUGCUGACUGGAGCAGAUCCACAGUGUGAAAUCUGUGUCAGUGUGCAGGUCACAGGUCAGCAUGUGUGACGGACAGAGAGGAGGACCUCCCCCGGUUAAGGAGCUGGAGAAGAUUCUGUAUGGCGGGAAACGGACCGGAAACCACGUGGAUGAAGUUUGGCCCAACCUCUAUCUGGGAGACAUGUCAAUAGCGAAUGACCGUUAUGGCCUGUGGAAGCUGGGGAUUACUCACGUCCUGAACGCAGCCCAUGGGAAGAUGCACUGUCAGGGAAGUCAUGAGUUUUAUGGGUCUUCUAUAGAAUACCAUGGUGUUCCAGCCGACGACUCGCCAUCCUUUAACCUGUCUGUCUACUUCCAGCCGUGUGCCGACCACAUCCACCAGGUGCUGAACUCUCCAGGAGCACGGUUGCUGAUACAUUGUGCGGUGGGUGUGAGUCGCUCUGCUUCAUUGGUUCUGGCCUACCUGAUGAUCCACCAGAACCUCUCCCUGCUGGAGGCCAUAAAAACUGUCAAACAGCACCGCUGGAUCUUUCCCAACCGUGGCUUCCUCAAACAGCUCAGAGCGCUGGACAUCAGACUGCACUGCUUAGACUGAAUCAGGAUAAUCAUCAAACAGCUCCAAACACUGGACAUGAGAAUGUAUGACUUAGUCUGAAACAGGAUAAUCAUCCAACUGCUCAGAGUGCUGGACAUCAGACUGCACAGCUUAUUGUAAAACAGGAGAAUCAUCAAACAGCUCCAAACACUGGACAUGAGAAUGUAUGACUUAGACUAUACUGCUUAGACUGAAUCAGGAUAAUCAUCAAACAGCUCCAAGUGCUGGAAAUCAGAUUGUUUUGCUUAGACUGAACCAGGAUAGUCAUCAAACAGCUCCAAACACUGGACCCCAGACUGCAAAGUUUAGACUGAACCAGAAUAGUCAUCAAGUAGCUAUAAGCACUGGACAUCAGACUGCAUGGCUUAGACUGAACCAGGAGAAGCAUCAAACAGCUCUGAGUGCUAGAGAUCAGAAACAUCUCCAAGCACUGGACAUCAGACUGUAAGGCCUCGACUGAACCAGUAUAAUCAUCAAACUGCCCAGAGCACUGGAUAUCAGACUGCAUGGCUUAGACUAAACCAGGAUAAUCAUCAAACAUCUCAGAGUACUGGACAUCAAACUGUACGACUUAGACUGAACCAGGAUAAUCAUCAAACUCUGAGCACUGGACAUCAGACUGUACUGCUUAGACUGAAUUGUGAAUUCAUAAUGGAUAUAAAAGGAUUU